UUUGCCGUACAGUUGUUUUUUGCAGUCAGUUGUCGCACGCCGAUAGUCAAUAUUACUCGAAUUGCCGAUUACGAUUAGAGUUUAAACCGGAACAAAUUGUACAACCAGCCUAAAAUAUUUCUAACUGUGAAUCUUAGUGUGUAUUAUUUUGUGAUAUUAAAGAUUUAAGUGUAAGUUUUUCAAAAUGGUUACAGGCCGCGCUUUACAUUUUGUAUUCAAAGUCGCCGACAGAACUUUGACUGCAAAAUUUUACAGAGAAGUGUUAGGAAUGCAAGUUUUGCGCCAUGAAGAAUUUACGGAAGGCUGUGAAGCUGCAUGCAAUGGACCAUAUGCAAACAGAUGGAGCAAAACCAUGGUGGGCUAUGGGCCCGAAGACAAUCAUUUUGUUGUUGAGCUCACAUACAACUAUGGCAUAACUCAUUAUGAGCAAGGAAAUGACUUCCUUGGUAUUACAAUCCAGUCCAGCGAAAGCCUAAAGAGAGCAGCAGCUAACAAUUGGCCGGUAAAAGAACAGAAUGGCUUGAAGUAUGUGGAGGCUCCUGGGGGCUACAAAUUCUACAUCAUUGAUAAGCCGCAACCAACGGACAAAGAUCCUGUUGUCAAGGUGUCUCUAGCUAGCUCAAGUCUAUCUCGAUCCAUAGCCUACUGGAACGGACUUUUGACAUUGAAAGUCUUUGAGAAGUCGGACAAAUCAGUUCUCUUAGGUUUUACUGAGGACCAGGCUAAGUUGGAACUUGUUGAUAUCGGCGGGCCAGUCAACCACGCGAAAGCGUACGGCCGCAUAGCGUUCUCUUGCCCCUUCGACGAGCAACCAAUCAUCGAUCAGAAAAUACAAGAGGCCAAGGGGAAGAUUCUUACGCCACUCAUAUCCUUGGACACUCCUGGUAAAGCAACCGUCAGGGUUAUUAUAUUAGCCGACCCUGACGAUCAUGAGAUUUGCUUUGUGGAUGACGAGAGUUUCCGUCAACUCUCACAGGUGGACCCCGGCAGUGACGCCUCUUUAGACAAAUACAUCAAAGCGGACAAGUCUAGAGCGUAAAUUUAUCCAUAAUUUUUCUUAUCCAAUUGCAAAAAAAGCAGCCAAUAACCUAUGUAUUGUUAUUUUCCUCAUAGGUAUAUUAUUCCAUUAAAUAAGCGUUUUAUUGUAAGCAUUUUGUUUCUGAUUAUCCAAACCUUUAAAUUUGAUAUUACGUCGCUGUUUAAAAAUAAUAUUGUCGUGACAGGCGAUUAGAUCUCCGUCGUAAUAUAUCAAGUACGUUAUACCGUUACAGCACAAUCUAUAUGAUAUAAAAUAUCAAGUUCUCCCCGCUUAUAUUGUAUGAUUUUGUUAGCUUUAAGCUUAAUUUAUGUAUGUGAUAUUAAACAAUAGCUAUGUAUUGGUUAUGGUUCUUUUAGUAUUAUUAAUUCUUUCUUGUAGAAUUAAGAUUUUAUUCCUCAGUCUUAUUUCUUUAUGAUCUUUGAAGCCAAUAUCUCAGUUUUACUACAAACUCUUAUUACACCUUGUAUUCCGUAAAAACAUAUUCCACAUUUUGAUACUUAUAUAAA